AUGGCUGGUUGUUGCUUUGCUGUUAAAGCACUCUUCUUGGCCUGUGUUCUCUGGGGAGCUUGGCUAAGCUGCAUUGCUAGUGCAAAUCAAGGUAUGACUAAAGCCAGUUGUUAACAUAUGCACACACCAUACAUUCACCUUAAUUCUCGUUUUGCUACUAAGUGUAAUAUUUUCAAAAAAACCUUUAAGGAGGACUUUUUCAAUUUUGUUCAUAAACAAGACCUUACACUUUACUAAACUUACAGCUUACUAUUAUAACCUUCGCCGCCUCCCAUUUGCAAAAAAGUUGAAACUCAACAUGGGAGAGGACUACACAGUCUAUGCUAAGCAAAACGAACCAGUCAGGUCCCAUGAUUUUUGGCUGAAGUUGUUGAUACAGUAUUACUUAUAAUGUCAGUGCCCUAAAAACAAAAAGUAUAAGAGAAAAAGCCAAGGCGGGCUAGAUUACGAUGUAGUGUACGAUCGAUAGCUUCUGACCAUUUCACAGAUACUCCAUUUUAGUUCCAAAGUUUUUUAAAUUUCAUUGUGAAAUAUUUAGCUGCUUAACAUUCAUGGUAACCUGUUCUUGUUGUUGUUGCUGUUGGUGGUGUUAUGUUUUUGUCCAGCAAGCAGUCUGCAAAGGAUCGGUUAUUCAUUUAUAAACGAUCACGGUCGAGGAGCGUGGGAGAACGAAAGAGUGCAUUGAUGUUUUUUUAACGUGUUCUCUGAAUUAACGUGAGUGAAAUUAGUAGUGGAAUAUAAUUAAAAAAAGACUAAGUGGUUGAGACGCUCUGCGUUCAGUUGAUCUUACAAGUGUGGUGGGUGAGGGCGACCUUGAAAGCUGCUGGCAGACCUGGAAAGACCUAUUUCUUGCUGCGGUAAAAGACAAUAUUCCAACCAAGCGAUUGAGAGGUCGAAACCCUGUGCCCUGCCUCACAGGUGCCGUUAUCAAUCUUAUCAAGAAAGAGGAAACCGUACGCAAGAAACUAAAAUUGCACCCGUCGGAGUCACUAAAAUCCAAAUUUCAAACUCUGCGUUCACAAGUAAAGCGCGCGAUCAAAGAAAGCAGGGAAGAGUUCUUUGAGUCUGCUAACAUCGAGUUCAAGAUCAAUCACGUCUCUGGUCAGUAUUAACAACUCGCUCAAAGUCGCAUAACAUACCACAAAGUGUCUCCAUGGCAACUGGUAACCUAUGUGCAACCGCUGACACGCCAGAAGAAAUCGCAGACAUUUUUAAUAACUAUUUCACUUCAGUGUUCUCCGUUCUUCAAGAGGACAAAGUAGAUGAAGGCGCAGGGAAAUUCCCUGCCGCAGAGCCCCCUCCCCCCCUUGAGCGAUAUUGUGUUGCACGUCGGCGAACUUGAGGCUGUCCUAAAAUCACUAGACCCAAACAAAGCCACUGGUCCAGAUGAGAUCCCGGCAAGAAUCCUAAAGAAAACCGCGACUACUAUUGCUCCAUCACUAUGCAAGCUGUUCAACAGGUCUCUGGGGGAAGGCUACAUACCGUCUGAGUGGAAAUUGGCCAAUGUAGUGCCUGUCUAUAAGAAGGAUAAAAAAGAUCAUGUUGAAAACUAUAGGCCUAUCUCCCUACUUUGCAUUAUUUCUAAAGUCAUCGAACGCUGUGUCUUGAAUCGCAUCAAUGACCGAUUAGAAGAUCUGAUUGCGGACUGUCAGCACGGGUUUCGGAGUGGACACUUAUGUGUCACAAAUCUACUAGAGACCCUAGAUUACAUCGGUGCUGUUCUUGAUAGAGCUGGUCAAGUAGAUUGUGUGUAUUUACACAUGUCCAAAGCCUUUGAUAAGGUUAGACAUGACCUCCUUAUGGAAAAACUGCGGGAUGCUGGCUUCGGAGGGAACCUGCUCACAUGAUUUCACGCGUAUCUCUGUGGCAGGCACCAACGCGUCACCGUACUAGGAGCGACAUCACGCGAUCUACCUGUCACCUCUGGAGUCCCUCAGAGUUCAAUACUCGGACCUGCUCUUUUCUUGUUAUAUGUGAACAACCUUCAGAUUCUACCCUCAAUCGCAAAGUGGCAAUGUUUGCAGAUGACACUAAAGUAUACAAGGUAGUGAUGUCUGAGGAUGAUGGCGCCGCUCUCCAACAAGAUCUGGAUAAUCUGUCUUCAUGGUCCGCUGCCUCUGGCCUAGCCUUCAAUGAUAAGAAAUGCAAGCUUCAGACCAUUACGAGGAAGCACAAGCCCAUCUGUUCGAGCUACGAGGUUAACGGCAGUACCAUCAAGUCCUGUGACGUAGAGCGUGACCUUGGCAUCUCCUUGGACUGUGACUUGACUUGACACGCCCAAGUCUCUCACCAAGCUGCACAAGUUGUUAGGUUUCGUUAGGAGGAACUCUAGGUUUAUUCACAGUACUUCCGUAAGGCGCACAUUGUACCCCGGGCUUGUUCGUGCUCAUCGUGGCUACGCAACCCAGAUCUGGGCGCACCAAGGCAUUGAACUAAUUUCUAAACUUGAAAGUAUCCAAAGACGUGCCAUCAAAUUCAUUCUUUGCUUGCCUUUUUUAACAAAUAUCUCUUACAAAGAAAGACUAAUGUCUGUAAACCUACUUCCAGUGUGCUACUGGCACGAGUUACUAGAUCUAGUAUACUUUUACAAGGCUACGCAUAAUAUGAUUCACUUAGAUCCGUCUGUUGUUCCCUACGUCAGAGAAUGCGCGCGAAGGACCCGUAUAUCUGUAACGAGCUGUCAAUCUUUUGUGCCUAAAAAAUGCAGGACUGCUACCUUUCAGAAAUCUUUUUUCAAUUGAACCACUAGAAUCUGGAACCUGCCUAUUACUAGACUUGACCUAGAUAAUGUUACUUUUGAGAACUUUAAAUCUGUUCUUUACGGUUAUUGCUCGCGGGUUCUAGCAAUAAACUAUGGCCCGGACUCUCCAAGGGGCUUCAAAAGUAUUUGCUUGAAAUGUAACACAGCCAGGUUUUUAGACCAAGAAAUUAGCUGCUGCAUGUGAUUUAAAUUGCUACUUUUAUAUCCUUUUAUUUUUUGGGUCCGCAGUAAUUGGCUUUCGCUGUUGCGGUGUCCCUGCCCAAAUAUUUAAGUUAUUAUUAGUGUGUUGUUACGUUCUUAUAACUAGUAUUUGCAUAUCUUCUGUGUCUUUCUUUUUUCUGUAUUCUACAGGGCAAAGCUAAUAAAAUAAGUAAAAUAAAAUAGACGUUAACAUUGCUAUUUUUUUUUAAUGUAUCUUUUAGAUACCUGUGGCCACAUUCGGUAUUUGAAGUUUUUUGAUCGGGAGUAUGGCCUUUAUAUGUAUCUUCAAGGCCACACCUUUUUAAACCUUUCCAUUGGAGCAAGCAAAUCUUGCGAAACGGAAUGUCUUUACCGGAGAGAGUGCGUGGCAAUCAACAUUGGUCCAGCAAUUAAUGAUAUGAGGGUCUGUGAGUUGUGUAACUCAGAUCACAUACAGCAUCCAAAUGAUUUAAAACGAAGAGAAGGUUGGAUGUAUAAAGGUACACAGGUAGGGCGAAUUUCACUGGAAUAAAUUAAUCACGGCAAUGGUUGUGAAUUAUCUUGUGGUAAGCGUUUAACUGUUCAUAGCCCAAAAAGUGAAGUUUUAGCUAUGGAAGUGAUGAUGACAAUGACGAUCAAAAGAUAGUGAUGACGACCCUUGGGUGUCAGAGACUUUUCAUAUGCGGUUUCCUGUUUCGGUUAACUGUUAUAGUGACCGCUCGUGUCUUGGGUUCUCUCCCGAAGAUUGCACUUGUCCGUCUUCCCUCCAGACAGGGGGAACCAACCAAAACGGACUUUUACAAAGUCUAGCCAAAGUUCUGUCGAGCGGCGAUGAAGAAGACAUAAAAUAAUGAUGAGAAUGGUAAUAGGGAGCAUUGACUACUUGCAGUCUCUAAGGAUUGUCGCGCGUACGAGAAUGUUACGUGUGAGCGAGCGUGCGAGGCCAACGCGCAAGGAGGAAGACGGAAAAGGACAAGCCUCUCUCCAGUUCCCUUCUCGAGGGUCUGAAUGGGGGGGUACCUAGAUAAAAUUAAACACUUCAUUUUUUGGCUUUGUAACAUGAAAUGGUUAAAUUUUAGGCAUUUUAACACUAACAAUAAAGAUUCUUUGAAACUAAUUUUUUCCCAGAUAGAAGCAAAAACGGCUCCAAAAAGGCCAAUAUUUUUUUUAGGAUAUCAAGGAGUUUUUGGCCAUUUCACGACAAUUCCUGAUUAUUUCAGAAGAUUUCCGAAGACUAACGAAGAGGUCCGAUCAUUGCCGAAGAUGUCCGAUGAACCCUCCAAACACUUGACAGUAUUUCUUCGGAAACAGUAAACAUUAAAAAAUUGGCUAAUUUAACAGCAAACACUCAAAAUUAUGGGCAAAUAACACCAAACAUUAAACCCCAUUCAGACCCUCCUUCUCGAUUGGUUUGCUCUCUCGAGCUCUGUCUAGUCUCGAUUUGACCGACUGAAAAGGGAACUGCUCGAAGUCUACAAGACUCCUACAAUAUAAUAUUAAAAUUUCAUGAAGUCUAAAUUACGCUUUCACUUUCACUAGAAUAUUUGUGCCUACAAACCUUGCUUGAACAAUGCAAAGUGUUUCCUUGGAUACACGGACAAGAGGUUUCUUUGCGAAUGCCAGUCUGGUUACACGGGAGAACUCUGCGAAACAGGUGAUUAUGUGGCCAGCAAACGCAGACAUAUUCAGUCCUGUUUUCGCUUGUCUGCGCCGCAAAGAAUACUUUUCGGGCAGAAACAAACUGGAAAUACGUCUACGUCUACGUCUCUCAUGCACGGAAUCGCCAGCUGGCUCGCCGGCUUUUGCUUCGAGAUGGUUAGAAAAACGAAAGUGUAUCCUACCCAGAAAUAGAGAACAAGUGAAUGUUGCUUAAUAAGAAAUAAUCAACGUUGUCAGGGUUAAAAAAACAUCUGUGCCCCCCCACCCGAAGGGGGGUUCCGCAGCAAAGUUUUAUCCUGGAUAGCUCCCCCUUUAGGUUAACCUGAGAUCAGGCUCUAUAUUCGUUUCACUUUGAAAAUAAUAUUCCGGCGGGCGAGGCGAAACGAAAAGCGGUAGCCGUUAGAGAGAAUGUAUGAGAACCGCUAAAAUUGGGCCUGAUCUCAGGUUACCUUGAGGUCCAGCUCCUUACCCUCCUAUAUAAUAUUUUUUGAGAGAAAAGGUACCCCUCCCUUUACCCAGUACCAUCCAUUGACAAAUGGUACCUCUUUCAAAUACCUAGUUUAGAACUUUGCAUUACUUUUAGCUGCUGUAAAUGUACUGUCUUUAAACUGUGAAUAAAUCACAAAACUGGCCAGGAAAUUUUGUCGACUUUUUCACAGCCAUAAAAUCCUUCUGUUGGCCCUUUUAGGUCCUUUUACAGACCGAAAUGACACAGAUUUCUCUACCCUCUCAUAUACUUCAACUAUUGAAAUCCCAACCCUUUCAUACACCUGAGGUCUGGAAAAGGUACCCUUUUCGCAAUUCGGGCGAAGCUUCCCCGUAUAAGCCAUUACAGGGGGUACCCCCCGGGAUUUAUGCUUGCUCUUCUCGCAAUGAGUGAAACAAUCAGUCUUCCCUUAAGCAAUCAGCAUGCUACAAACUUGAUUAUUUUCUUGCGUUGAAUGUCGGCAAUGGUUUAUAUACGAUGUACGAGGUUGGUGGCUAAUUGAUCGGAUAUUGUUUUCUUUUCUUUUUUUUAGACCUGGACGAAUGCAAGGAUAAAACUCAUCAGUGUGACGUAAAUGCGAACUGUACCAACAUUCCUGGCUCAUAUAACUGCACGUGCAGGCCUGGCUACAGAGGAAAUGGGAGCAUUUGUAAAGGUAAAACUUGCUGAUAAAUAUCAUAAUAAGACUUAUUUAUAUUCAUUUCUUGUUUUUUUCGUUUCCUUACUCAGACAUCGAUGAAUGCGAAAAGCGAAGCCACGAUUGUCACAAAAAUGCGAACUGUACCAACAUUCCUGGCUCAUAUAACUGCACGUGCAGGCCUGGCUACACAGGAAAUGGGAGCAUUUGUAAUGGUAUAAUUAACUAUCCAAACCUUCUCUUCAUUUUUCUGCAAAUAAUUUAGUUUUCUCAGUAACUUAACAUUUUACUCCCUCCAGAAAUUGAUGAAUGCAAGGAUGGAAGUAAAUAUGCGUAGCAGGCGCAGGGAAGUAUUUGGGAGCAAGAAAAAAACGGGUGGUGUCCCCUGCUUUCUUGCGCUUACUACUUCCAAGGGCCUGUACCAACAUUCCUGGUUCUUUCAACUGCAUAUGCAGGCAUGGCUACCAAGGCAGUGGGAGCAUUUGUAAUAGUAAAACUUGCUGAUAAGUGUCGUGAUCAGAUUUAAUUCAUAUUUAUUUCUUUUUUCUUUUUCUUAUUCAGACAUCGAUGAAUGCGAAAAGGGAAGCCAUGAUUGUCACAUGAAUGCGAAUUGUACAAACACACCCGGCUCUUAUAACUGCACAUGCAGGCCUGGAUACACAGGCUAUGGGAGCAUUUGUAAAGGUAAAAAUUUGCCGGUUAAUUUUUGUGAUGCGCCUUUAAAGAGUCAGGACUCAUAGCUCCCUUUGGUAGUACUCCCUUGGAUACUCUUUCCAUAGUUAUUCUUACACUUAAAACCAAGAUGGUCACCUGUUACAGACUUGAACAAUGAAAAGUGUUUUUUUGAAUAUACGGACAAGAAGUUCUUUUGCGAAUGCCUGCAGUCUGGGAUAGAAAACAUCUGUGCCCCCCGGGGUAGGAGGAAUUCCGCAGCAAAGUUUUAUCUUGUAAAGCUCCGCCUUGAGGUCAAGCUCCUUACCUUUCUAUAUAUUUCUUUUGAGAGAAAAGGUACCCCUGACGUCCCUUACACAGUACCUUCAACUGGCAAAUGGUACCCCUUUCAAAUACCUAAUUUGGAACUUUACAUUACUUUUAGCUGCCGUAAAUGCACUGUCGUUAAACUGUGAAUAAAUGAGAAAACCAGGAAAAUGUCUCGACUUUUUCACAGCCAUAAAAUCCUUCUGUUAGCCCUUUUAGGUCUUUUUACAGACUAAAAUGACACAGAUUUCCCUACCCUCUCAUAUACUUCAACCACACCUGAAGCCUGGAAAAGGCACCCAUUUCGCAAUUCUGCCGGAGCUUCCCCGUAUAGGUCAUUGUAGGGGGUUCCCCCCCGGAUUUAUGCUUGUUUUCUUGUUUUUUUUUUUUAUAUAUUAGACCUGGACGAAUGCAAGGAUAAAACUCAUCAGUGUGAUGUAAAUGCGAACUGUACCAACAUUCCGGGCUUAUAUAACCUGAGAUCAGGCUCUAUUUUCGUUUCGCUUUGAAAAUUACAUUUCGGCGGGCAAGACGAAACGAAAAGAGAGCCUGAUACAAACCUUCUACGAAAUGUCUGCCGCCCACUUUUUUGAUUGAUUGACAUUUGCCGAAUCAGCCAAUCAGAAUUACUUCCGUUGCUUGUUUUUCUAGUAUGCAAAUUUUUCACGCGUGGGAAAAAUGCAGACUGGCUGACUUAAAAUAUAGCUUUUGUCUGUUAAUCAAAAUGCAUCUUGUUAGCGGUCAACAACUUGCAGAGGGAUUCAACUCCGCGAUACACUCACUUUCCGUAAAUAAAGCAAAUCCUGAGAAGAUAUGAACAACCACAUGAAUUUUCUGAAUUUCCAUGGCACAUAUUAAGGCAUAUUUUCGUACCAUAAGACCAUAAAACAAUAAAAAGACAGCAAAAUCGAUCCUUCUCUCCACCGACGACGGAUCAUUCACGAAAACAACCACGCGAGGAAUAAGUGCUUUCAACUUUCAGCGUUUCCGACAGCCAAUCAGAUCUUGUGGCAUUGUUCUAACAGCCAAUCAGCGUUACGGCCAAAAUCUGGCCGUAACGAGCACAAACUUGUAAUAGUUUGUAUCAGGCCCAAUUUCAGCGGUAGCCGUUAGAGAGAAUGUAUGAGAACCGCUCAAAUUGGGCCUGAUCUCAGGUUAGGGCUCAUAUACUGCACGUGCAGGCCUGGCUACACAGGAAAUGGGAGCAUUUGUAAUUAGCUACCCAAGCCUUCACUUCUUGUUCCUGCAAGUAUAUAUUUAUGUUAUCUUUGUAACUUAAUAUUUUCUACUCCCUCCAGAAAUUGAUGAAUGCAAGGAUGGAAGCCAUGAUUGUCACAUAAAUGCCAACUGUACCAACAUUCCUGGCUCUUACAACUGCACGUGCAGGCCUGGCUAUCAAGGCAAUGGGAGCAUUUGUAAAGGUAAAACUUGCUGAUAAAUGUCAUAAUAAGACUUAAUUUAUAUUCAUUUCUUGUUUUUUUCGUUUCCUUACUCAGACAUCGAUGAAUGCGAAAAGGGAAGCCAUGAUUGUAACAAAAAUGCGAAUUGUAAAAACACAGCUGGCUCUUACAACUGCACAUGCAGGCCUGGCUACACAGGCAAUGGGAGCAUCUGUGAAGGUAAAAAUUUGGGAAGACCUUAGAUAACAUUGAUCUUAACCAGGUUGUGGCGUCCAGCGGUUUAAGAGAAAACAAGAAUUUAGGUGCCGGUCGGGUGCUCAGUCUCGCGGGCUCAUAUAACCUGGUCUCAGUCAUUCUUAUCUAAAGAUUUUCAAACAUUUUCCGAUUAAUUUUUUAUGACGCGCCUUUAUAGAGUCGGGGCUUAUAGCUCCCUUUGAUACUCUUUCCCUAGUUAUACUUACACUUAAAACCAUGAAGAUGAUCACUUAAUUGUUACAGCAGUAAGCGCUCGAUCGCAACGAUCUUACGGAAGCAGUCUUUGAACUGCUCCUUGAACUUCAUCUUUUUAAAAUUUCUGUGAUUCCAAUGUAGGAGGUAGGUUUAUGUGUAAUUCUGGCAUUUUGUUUUUUCAGAUGUUGAUGAAUGUGCUGACAACUUACAUGACUGCGACGCUAAUGCAAACUGUACAAACAUCCCGGGAUCCUAUCGCUGUGUUUGUAACCCACCAUAUAAUGGAUAUCGGAAAAAGUGCAUUAAAACACGUGAGUGUAGCAUUAAGCCCAGAAAUAUAAAAUGAUCCGAGUGAAAGUUGGAGGAGAAUGGGGGAUUGAUGGCUUAGGGCUUGUUUACAUGGUGGUGGGGGACCCCAGGUAGAUGAGGAGAUCCGCUUAGGUUGGGUAACCCGCCUGUCCAUAUAAUCUCUCAUUUUAAUUUGAUGUCAUUUACAUGAUAGGUGGGGUGGUCCCCCACCUCCAUGUAAACCGGUCAUUAGUUGGUACUGCGCCUUGGAUCCAAAUGACGUUUAGAGAAGGCAACAAUUGCUUUAGGCCCUUUAUAGGGUGGAUUUCCACUGUCGCGUAAUUUUUACGUGCGUUCGAGCAGAAAAAUUUAAUUACAUUCGCAAAUAAAAGAGAGGCAAUAUAUGAAGGAUCGCGCGUAAAAGUAAAAGUUGAACCUCGCCCAACUUCACGUUUAAGUGCAACACGGCUUCGUACCUUGUCUAUAUUUUACUUACGCGAGUAAAAUUUACGUGCGUUUACACGAGCGCGAAAAUUACGCGUCCACCCUUCAUGCAGGUGCGACAAGAAAGGCCUGAAAAAAAAUCCGGGCUUGAAUCGGAUUCAAACUCUUGACCUAUGCGAUACCGGUGCAGCGCUCUAACCAAUCGAGCAAGCAAGCCAUCUGGGAGCUGGUCAUUAUAAAAAUGGGUCAUUCCCUGGGUUCAAACCUUUCACAAAAAUAGGUCAUCUCCGAAUUAUCACUUUCAAAAUGAGGCUGAGUGCAAAAUCUUUCUUGUGAAAAUGACUUUUAUUUGCAUGAGAAUAAAAAAUCAUUUUCAUAUCGCACUUAGGCUCGCUUGGAAAUAGAGGCUUAGAGCAACUGUUGAUUCGUAAUAUACCCGGGAAAGAUUACGGGCUUUCUACCUGUAGAGCAGUUUUGGAUUAGUGACUGCAUAUAUGCAAAAGAGGUGGGGAACCUAAACGCUGAGCUCAAGUUCACUUGGAGGAUUCAUGAAGGCUAAUGAACCGUAGUAUUUAGUAAGAAUUGUAGCAAGCAUGGCAUGAUAAUAAAUUUAACUGUUUUCAUAUACAAUCCUCUCUAUUGGCGAGUAACUGCGAACGUCGUUUUCGUCGCCCUUUUCUCAUCAAAUCGUCAGCUUUUCAACGAAGUCGUCGCAUAUUAAUAGUUGUUCUGCAUGGUAACGCUACUGGUCCUACUGGGGAGCUCGAGCAACCACCAUGACGGCGAAGGUAACAUGAAAAUAAAAAGAAACAUGCAACAGGUUUGAGUGAUAAACAGAAAAAAAAGCCUGAACGUGCAGCGCACUUUUUGGCAAAUUUCCUUGCCAUUGUCGCACGAGUGACGUUCUCAAACUUUAUCGAAAUGGCAAUGCGAUCGUAGCUUUAGCCCCCGCCCAGACGUAUGCGGAUAUUUUUUAAUCCACAAAUUUUUCUUUGCAGAUUCAAAAAUUUCCACGUCCACACGUAUCCGUAUUCAAAUCGAAUUUGCCCGUCCACACGACACCGGAUUCACUCUCAGUUCGUCAGCUAAUUUGUAAUAAAGCGAUCUUCGGCUCAAGCAAAAAUUUUAUCGCCAGUCUGUUUCACUGAUAAAAUUGUCCCAUCAAGCACUAUAUUUCGCUCGUUUGACUUGUUUACGGCGUCCAAUCCGUCCGUCCCACAUGGAAAGAAGCUUCAAAAUCUCAAACCGCCGUUUGCCAUAAUUGAAGUGUACAGUAAUCAUAGCUACAUUGAGAGACAAACGUGUUGAGACACGUCUAUAAAAUGCCCCCCUUUUGAACAGUGGACAUACCUAUCCCCUUCCCCUGAGUACCCCCACCCCCUUCCCCCAAAACCAAUGUUAUGUUUUAGACCCUGAAGUCUUUCUUUAUCUACAAACAACAUUGAUUCGGGGGUGGCGUGGGGGAUUUAUGGCGUUUAAAUAGAAUGAAAUAAUAAAUGUAUGAAAAUGUUGAUAAAAGCACUCGUUUUAGACAAGUGUGUCAACUACUCUUGUCCCUGAUUGUAGGUUUACCUGCGCAAACGUUAUAAGACUUGAAACUGAAGUGCAAGAAGUAAAGAAGCGAUAAUAUUGCGCUGGGCACCGUCUUGAAUAUUCACGGUAAAGACCUGGGCAAAACGUUACAGUGUAAGGAAAUAUCCGGAUUUUGCGCCCACAAAAGUGGCUCUUGGCGCCCACUCAAAGAGUCUGAAAUGUCAUACGUCUCCACCCCCUAACCCGUCGGGUCUCUCUUCCCAGCGCUCCCCACCGGUUAGGAGAUGGGUAAGUGUGAUUUAGACUGAGCGUCCACAUGAUUCCGGAUUUAUAACUCAUUCAAAAAUUUCCUCUUUGGAGAGCGGAUUCAGAAAGUAGCGGAUUCGUAUGCCGGAUUCACCGGAUACGUGUGAACGGAAGCCGGAUCCGUAAAGAAAAAGUUGCGGAUUCAAAAAUAUCCGGAUACGUGUGGACGGGGGCUUAAUCCCUAAGAUUGUCGUUUCAUAAAGCGAUUUCGCGACUUCGCCCAUAGAGAGUCUCAUAUACCUUUAGCACGACUAUCCGUGCACAGCUACGGUGAGUGCCAUAAUUUGCUGGAUUGAUGCACUUUUCCGCGUGCGAUCAUACCAAAGACAUGAACCAAAGAUUUCUUUUCUAAGGUGGUUUUAAUGCAUCAACUAUUCUUGGCAACGACAGUAGGUAUUUGGAGAAUUUCACGUUGUUUUUGGAGCCCGUGAUCAAUAGUUCAGUCCGUAGUAGAUUUGUGAGGUGUUGGCACGCUAAAGAGGACGGCUGGGCGGCAUCUACGUUCCACGGCAACUGUGAUGACAAGGGACCCACUGUAACUAUCAUUCAAGUCGGCAGUUUUAUAUUUGGUGGAUACAGUGAUGUAACCUGGAAAAGCCCCGUACCGGGUGAGUGCAUGUACUAGGAGAAUCAGGAAUUGUUUAUUUUGCUUGCUAACAAUGAAGAACGAUAAAGUAGUACAGCGGCUUUUGGCCUGAUGUUUUUAUGUUUACGUACAAUCAAGGCGAGAAAGUAAUUCCUCAGCAAUCAGAGUUGGCCAUUUUCAUGAUGACAUCACUCGAAAUGAACUACCAGAAGUUUGUUUUUCUCUAAUUCACUAUUUAAAUUAAAUUAUCCCAAAAACCUGCACGAACAACACUUGGUCAGGUUUAAAUCUUAUAAGAAUCGAUUUUGAAAAACAACAUUCUUUUUGUAAAACAAAAGUCAAUGAUAAAAAAAGAAGAAUCGAUUUUGUCUUCAAAUGUCAUCAUGUUAUCAAAGAUAAUAUAUCAGUCCGGGCCACAACCAGAUCUGGAUAUAUGAUGACGUCACCCAAAUUUGCAAAAUGGCGCCCACGCCGAGGAACACGAGGGAAGGUCAGUUCCUGGCUCUUUGCUGCGCCUAGAAGUGUCCUUUCCCCAUACUACUUUGAGAGCUGUGACUUUAGACAAUGCGAAAUCAGGGGUGUGAAGAAAAAAUGCUGUCCGAUGAACUUUUGUUCGUUCUUGGGAGGCAAAACGACCGAACACGAGAGUUUUUCCGGCUCAAAGAAAUGCCCGACAAGGAGCAAAACAUCGAAAAAAAGAAGGUGAGUGUCAUUUUUUGGACCUUUGGAAAUAAUUUUUUUGAAAUCUACAUAAAAUUCACUUCUUGAUAGUGGUCUGUUUGGUGUAGUGCAAAGCAGUUUCACAUAGCGCUGUGCUUUUAAAGAUGCAAAAGUCAGUUGCUCAGUUAACGUGCGGGUUUUCGUAACGCCAUGUUUAUUUUACGUUAUUUUGCAGUCGGAUGGAAAAGCACCUUGGUUUUUUGGAAAGAAGAUGCCGUUUGUGUGGGAAAACUUUCUCUAAAGUCAAAACUGUCCAGAACUGCGACAAAACAGCGUUUCGAAGGGAACUUUUGAACUUCUUUGGCGUAGAUAUUGGGCUGGACUCCAGAGAAAUCCAUCCACGGAAAGUGGGUUCGGCUUGGAGGAGAGUCGUUUAUCAUUUAAAUUCGAGUAACUUGGACCCCGAAACCUCUGAAGGGAGAAAGCAAGGAAUAAAACUGUUUGUGUGGAAGGAACACUCCUCGAACUGUUAUUGCCUGCAGAACCUCAAUAUUUAAAAGGGUUUCAAACAUGGUGAAAACUCUCAGAUCAGUUGCAGAAUCAUGCGAAGGUCUUGAUGACAUGGUGAUACGAGUAAGAUAACUGCUUCUUCAAGUUUAAACAAUAGAAAAUUACAUUUGAAACUCUACUUGUAAAUGACUGCCUUGUCACGAGUUCAGAAAAGUGAAAACAACAAGAAUAGCCCCAAGCGAGCCCACAUUGUAGGAGGCAAUACGAUAGCUUUGAAUACAAAAAUCUUGACUGAAAUGAUGAUGGUUGAUUAAUCACUGUCAUGAGACAGUAUGCAACAGUGCAAACCAGUUUCCCACUUAUAUAAUUUUCGAUUACUGAAUUAAAGUGUCAAUGCUGACAAUAUAAUAACGGUGUAUGACAUUUGCAGACUGUAGACUGCAGACUGCAGACUGCAUGAGGCAGCAAGACUGUAAAUUGAAUGAAACCAAAAGUAUCGUAAUAAAGGUGGCAUCAUCAUCAAAAUUACCUUGUUCCGAGAAGUACAUGUAAGGCCUAGAAGCGAAGUUUAUAUUUUUCAGAAUAAUGUCUGCCGAUGUCACAAACUCGCUCAUGAAUCCAUAGCAACAGGCUAGCAAUUUAGCCUACACAGAUGAAACUAAACUCUGGUUAUAUAAGUCUAUCUGUGAAACAGCGCCGGAAUCCUUAUUCUACGGGGGCCCCACCUGUGUACUAGGAUUUGAGUAUGAGCAAUGAUUGGCCUGUUAAAAAAGCCAUUGUCGAUUUGCCUAUUUAGAAAUUCAAAAUGCACUUCCGGUAAUUCGUCGAGUCCAGGUAGGAUCUGUUCGGUUUAGAUUAUUUAGCACAUCCUUAAAAACUGCUAAGAUGAAAUACGUCAUUUAAAAGGUGUUAAAUGUCCGUGAUAUAUCCUAGUUGUUUUCGUUGACGUAACUGUAGUGAGCACGAAGUGCUUGCAAUCUAAAAACUUUUUUUUACAGAAGACUACUAUUUAGACAGGCAUUAGUGGGCAUUGCUACUUGUUAUUAUCAAUUCACAAUAAUCAAAGAAGAAUAAAGAAUCAACGCAAUUAGUGAUAUGCCGGAUGAGUCAAUAAAGAGUCGCGUCGGUGAAGAAUAGCCAACAGCAUCUUCGAAAUGAGACCAAUGUAACUUUGCGCAAAAAUAUCAACCUUGUUCCCAGGCUACCUUCUCACUUUCACACGAUGUUAUAUUUUUGAUGGUGUCACCUUUAUUAGGAAGAUUUUUGGUGUAUUUUAAUUUACAAUCUGCAAUCUGUGGUCUGCAGUCUGCAGUCUGCGGUCUGCAGUCUGCAGUCUGCAGUCUGCAGUCUGCAGUCUGCAGUCUGCGGUCUGCAGUCUGCAAAUGUCAUACACCGCUGUAUUUUCGAUUGCUUAUAUAAUUUUUUAAUUUAUUUUUUAUUUGUUACUUUUAUACUUUGCCUUAGGUUAUGACAUGCAAGGUGGAAAAUGUGAAGAAUGGCUGAAAAUACACUUUAAACAGGACACCAAAUGAUCGAUCUUACAAAGCUGUUCCAUAUUUCAUAAUUACAGUCAAACCCCAUUGAUAUGGACACUGAAGGGGCCAUAGGAAGUGUCUAUAUAACGGAGGUGUCCAUAUCAAGCAAGUCCUGUUAGUCAAAAAUACACUUUUUUUAUCGAAAUACUACAGCAUCACACCUAACAUCUUUAAACAUCACUAAGCUCUUAUUCUGCAGACUGUGUCCAUGAAAACACACGGAAGUCUCGAGAAAAUAGAUCAAAAAUUAAGUAAAAUUUACCAACUCGAUUGAUGUCAAAAUGGUCUAUUAUUGUUGUGCACAAUUCAUUCAUUUUGGUGUACUAUGAUGCUGGGAACAUGUGACGUCAACUAAAUGAAAAGUUUUUUUUUACCCUACAAAAAAAAAGAGGUUGACUACAGCACACAAUGGACUAUAAAGUCUGCAGAUUAGCGAGGUUUGCUUUAUAUGAGAAUCUGUUCAUUGAGGAAGAAAAAAACGUCCAUUAUCCCUUUUAACAGGUCAGUCUGUAUUAAGUGGGUUGAAUAAAGAGAAAAAAUUAAGGGUUUUCCCUAGUGACCAAGGAAACUUCCCAUAAUAACAGGGAGUCCGCAUUAAGCUGGUGUCCGUAAAGAGGGGUUUGACUGUAUGAUACAGGACAAACAUAAUCUAAUAAUAAUAGAGGCUUAGUGCCCACUAAGUUUUUCAGUGUGUAUGUAUUCCACCUACAGUGACAGGAUAUUACUAUAAUGACAUAGUUUUUACACUAAAUCAACAAAACUCAGAAACCCAGGCAUUGUUUGGGAUACAAGACAGCCUUUAUUAAUCAUAACAAAACACAAUACAUGGUAAAUAACUAAAAGGUAAUAUUAAGUAUAAAGAUAAAGUGCUCCAACAAAUAAGAAAGACCAAACUAAAAAAGAAUUAAAACAACCUCAAUCAAAUAAUAAAAGUGAUCACACUGUCCAUGAAUAGAACAAAAUAAAACCCUUCAGGGAGGGAGGGAGGGAGGGAGGGAAAUGAUUGCUAGUGCAAUAAAAGUGAAUGUUGCUACUGCAAUACCAAGUGAAAAUGUGACUAAACUAGAAUUGUAUCCGUCUGUAACCCAUAUUAUAGUCGUGGUAUUUUUAUCUACCGUAAAACUACUAUAUCCUAGGUAGUACGCACAUGGUAUUAUGAAAUCUCUCAUGCCACAAAACUACUGUGAUGCUGUACUAGCCCUGCAUCCCAAUGUGACACCUUCCUUUGAGAUUUGGAACCGCAUCAGUCGUCUCAACUGAUGCACCCGCUUAAUAACAAUAAUUUAAAGGAACAAAUUUUUUUAAAAAAUAUAGAGAUAUGAAUAUAUAUAAUAUUUUCUUGUCUUGUGAAAAACCAUUCUAUUAAAUUUUUUGACACAAACAAUAGUAAAGUCUGCACAUCUAUUUCAUUUGUCAAAGCUGUUUUUCAAAAUACAAUUGUCAAAUUAUGUUUACGUCCUCUCAGUGACUAUUUAACAGCUAUUAGAACACGAAUACGUCCACUUGCAUUAUUUUCAUCCGCAAUGGGGUUUUGCAAUUUGCAAUAAGCAACACGCAGACAGAAGUUCGUUAAUAACUGCUUACGACUCUUCGCGAGUGCAAUUUCUACAAAUUUUAUUUAUUUCUUUGACCUUCGCAUAUUUCCAACAUGUGUGACGAUUCAAUAUACUGGAAAUUUAUAUACAGCAAGAAUAAUUAGCAUUAAGAUUAUCAUUCGAAAUUAGAUUUUAGGGCGUAUGGUAUUGCGCCUGAAGUAGAAUAGAACAGACUUCUCCAGGUCGAAGCUGUGCUCGCAGAAAUAAUUCCAAACAGGACUUCUCAAAACCUUUCCGCUUAAAAUGUAUCGCGGUAUUCAAAUUCCCUAUUCUUCCAAUUCGAUCUGAGUCGUCGAGUUGUUUCUGGUCUCUUGAAACAUUAUCAGAAAUCCACGGGUGUUUACAGAAAGCGUUCUCGAUCAUUAACAUCUCGAUAUUCGUAAAUCGAACGCUAUGACGCAUAAAAUAAUCUCGAUUAAUCGGCUCCGUAUUGCUGUUACUUUUCUUCAAGGUGCGUUCCAAGUUUCCCUGUUCGACAUUUCUGUCGAGCUUAGUCCUUUCGCGGUCAAGUCAAUGUUUUGGUUGAGCUCUGAGCCAAUCAGAUUGCAGGAAAUUACAUACCAGAUCUGGUUGUGGCCCGGACUGUAUAUACUUCCACGAAUCAUGUUAAUUUCAUAUCUUUUGAUAAUGAUGACAUGAAACCAUCGAAACGUCAAUUUACCUUUUUAUCGUUGAUUUCAGGUUUAAAUCACAACAUCAAUAAACAAAAUCUUGCAAAAUUUGGUUUCGUUCUCUCCUUACCAAAACCCGUUAAAGGGCCACUCCAAAGGAGAGGACGCCUCUGGUGCCAGCCUUAUUUUACUGAAUAAUUAAAUUGUAACUUUUAUGGACUUUUUAAUAAAGAAAAGUGGGUUUCAGGCUUUGUCACAAGGAUAAAAAGGAAAAAUUUUCCAUGUAAAAAUUCAGUUUAGUCGAUUCUAGUUUGACCAAAAUUACCUUUUAAAAGGUAAUUUUUUUCUAAGGACGGAAAAAACCCUGCGGAGGUUUUUCUAUUAACACAUGGGGAUUCUGUCAGUAUUUUAGGAGAGCUAGGUUUCUGCUCAUAGUAGUUUGUUGAAUGCAUUAAAACUAGUUUGCCUAAAUUUUUUAGGAAUAAUUUUCUCCAAGAGACUGUUUUCUCCUUCCCCACAUAAGUUUGUUUUCUAAAAGUCACUAACAGUGUAGAUUACUGCACUCAGCAAGACAACAAAUGGAUGUGUGGCUCAUGACAACAAAUGGAUUUUUAGGAAUAGAACAUUGAAAAAUUUAUACAAAUACAGCAAAUUUUAAAAAUUACAGUAAUGCAUGAUUUGUCUAGGAAUCUUUGUAUGUCAAGCCGGACUUUCACUCACUAUUUUAAACUGAAGUCCGGAUAAUUGAAUAUUCCUAGAAGUUAAUUUUCUAUGAGCGCCUUUAGUAAGGUCAGUAAGAAUUGUAAAAUGUCGUCAUUAUCUCCCAGGUGGUUGUCGGUAUGGAAAUUCAAGUAAAGCCUUUAUCUACUCCUUGACCAAUAACAACGGUUCUGGACACGCUGUGUACAAUCCUGUUAAGCUGCGAGUCAAGCCUGAUAGUUACCAUCAAGCUGUAAGAAGGUGUGAUUCAGAUGGACCAAUAUUUGGCUGGAAAGAUAUUCGCAUAUCAAACAACUCUGCUAGUAACCAGGAUUCUUCUACUUAUUGUGGCAAGAAAUACCCUCUCCCACCAGGGUAUUGUUCAUCUGCUCGAAAGUGUACAUUCUAUGUUGGAAACUCCACAUUCACGCCAACAGAUAUCGAAGUAUUCUAUGAAACAACCACAUAA